AAGGGGGUCUCUACAAACUCUACACAUCUCUUUUAGUUCUCCUCAGUGGCUCUCUCCUUUAUUCUUUUUCAGUCUGUUUUUUCGUUCCCUCCUUUUUCCUCCGGCCUCUUUGUUCGAGACCGAAGCUAAAACAGACGAACAAGGGAACGAAAAAGAAAAAAAAAGAAAGAAAGAAAGAAAGAGAGGGAACGGGGAGAAGGCGAACGGAUGAUGCAUCUCUUCCCGCCGCGAGACUGCAAGCUCCGCCCCCACCCUCGGCGGAUGACGGACGCUAGCCUGGUCUGGCUCCUGGGCCUGGCCCUCCGGUUGGCCUUGACCGCCGGGCAAAAGACGGGGGAAGGGGGCGGCGCCGGCGCCGGCGCGGGGGGCGGCGGCAAGCACCCCACGGUCGCCACCAACUACGGCAAGCUGCGCGGCGUGCGCAAGGACCUGAACAACGAGAUCCUGGGCCCCGUGGAGCAGUACCUGGGCGUGCCCUACGCCACGCCGCCCGUGGGCGACCGGCGCUUCCAGCCGCCCGAGGCGCCGGGCUCCUGGCAGGAGGUGCGCAACGCCACGCAGUUCCCGCCCGUGUGCCCGCAGAACGUGCACGGCGUGCUGCCCGAGAUCAUGCUGCCCGUCUGGUUCACCGACAACCUGGACGUGGUGGCCGGCUACAUCCAGAACCAGAGCGAAGACUGCCUGUACCUCAACGUCUACGUGCCCACCGAGGACGGUCCGCUCACAAAAAAACACGAUGAAUCUUCGAUGAACAGGCCGAGAGACGAAGAUAUUCGCGAUCGCAGGAGGAAGCCGGUCAUGCUGUUCAUCCACGGCGGCUCCUACAUGGAAGGCACCGGAAACAUGUUCGACGCCAGCGUCCUGGCCGCCUACGGCAACGUCAUCGUGGUCACCAUGAACUACCGGCUGGGCGUGCUCGGUUUCCUGAGCACGGGGGACCAGUCGGCGAAGGGGAACUACGGGCUGCUGGACCAGAUCCAGGCGCUGCGCUGGCUGAACGAGAACAUCGGCCAUUUUGGGGGCGACCCGGAGAGGAUCACCAUCUUCGGCUCCGGGGCGGGGGCGUCCUGCGUGAACCUGCUCAUCCUGUCCCACCACUCCGAGGGCCUGUUCCAGCGGGCCAUCGCCCAGAGCGGCUCGGCGAUCUCCAGCUGGUCCGUGAACUACCAGCCGCUCAAGUACACGCAGAUCCUGGCCCGCAAGGUGGGCUGCAGCCUGGGCGAGACAGCGGAGCUGGUGGAGUGCCUGCGCCGCAAGAACUUCCGCGAGCUGGUGGACCAGGACAUCCAGCCCGCCCGCUACCACAUCGCCUUCGGGCCCGUGGUGGACGGGGACGUGGUCCCCGACGACCCGGAGAUACUCAUGCAGCAGGGGGAGUUCCUGAACUACGACAUCCUGAUCGGCGUGAAUCAGGGCGAGGGGCUGAAGUUUGUGGACGACGGCGGCUCGGAGAGCGAGGAGGGGAUCUCCGCUGCCGCGUUCGACUACACCAUCUCCAACUUCGUGGACAACCUGUACGGCUACCCCGAAGGUAAAGACAUCCUGCGGGAGACCAUAAAGUUCAUGUACACGGACUGGGCCGACCGGGACAACGGCGAGAUGCGGCGCAAGACGCUGCUGGCGCUGUUCACCGACCACCAGUGGGUGGCGCCGGCGGUGGCCACGGCCAAGCUGCACGCCGAGUUCCAGUCGCCCGUCUACUUCUACACCUUCUACCACCACUGCCAGACGGAGGCGCGGCCGGAGUGGGCGGACGCCGCGCACGGCGACGAGAUCCCCUACGUGUUCGGCGUGCCCAUGGUGGGCGCCACCGACCUCUUCCCCUGCAACUUCUCCAAGAACGACGUCAUGCUCAGCGCCGUCGUCAUGACCUACUGGACCAACUUCGCCAAGACCGGGGACCCGAACCUGCCGGUCCCGCAGGACACCAAGUUCAUCCACACCAAGCCCAACCGCUUCGAGGAGGUGAUCUGGACCAAGUUCAACUCCAAGGACAAGCAGUACCUGCACAUCGGCCUGAAGCCGCGCGUCCGCGACAACUACCGCGCCAACAAGGUGGCCUUCUGGCUGGAGCUGGUGCCCCACCUGCACAGCCUGCACGAGGAGUACCUGAGCUCCACCACCACCCGGCUGCCCCCGGACACGCCCCGCCCGCCCCACUGGAAGGGCCCCGGCCCCCGCACCAUCCGCCACCCAACCCCCACCUACCCCCCCGACCCGGACCCCGAGGGCUCGGACCGGCCCGCCGUCCUGCACUUCCCGGGCAACACGCGCGACUACUCCACGGAGCUGAGCGUGACGGUGGCGGUGGGCGCCUCCCUCCUCUUCCUCAACAUCCUGGCCUUCGCCGCCCUCUACUACAAGCGGGACAAGCGGCACGAGCUGCGGCGGCGGCUGUCGCCCCAGCGCGGGCCCGCCAACGACCUGGCGCACAGCCAGGAGGAGGAGCUGAUGUCGCUGCAGCUGAAGCACUCGGAGCACGACGCCCACCACGACCUGGAGCCGCUGCGCCCGCACGACAUCCUGCGGCCCGCCUGCCCGCCCGACUACACGCUGGCCCUGCGGCGGGCGCCCGACGACGUGCCGCUCAUGACGCCCAACACCAUCACCAUGAUCCCCAGCACCAUCACCGGCAUGCAGCCCCUGCACGCCUUCAACACCUUCCCGUCCCCGUCCCCCGCCCCCGGCCACAACAACACCCUGCCCCACCCCCACUCCACCACCCGCGUAUAG